GGGGGCAGCAGCACUGCAACUUGGUGGCUGCUCCCUGGAGGGCAGGCGGGAAGAGCGCUCCUGCAGUUCGGUCCCAGAGUAGAUGGGUAGGUCUGGGAGCCUGUGGAGCCUAAGGAAGAUCGCGGGAGGCGUGUUCCUCCAGAGUUUGCUUUUCUUAGGGAGCCUCGCGCUCACACCCAUCCCCUCUAGUCUGGCCACUGUGUCUAGGAGGUGGGGAGCCUCCCUCUGAUCCACCGGACCAUCGCCGGAGCUUGUGGGCUGAGCAAGCUCUCUCCUGGAGAAGCCAGGCGGUCGGGGGAACUUUCACUCAGCCGAAACUGUGCUGCAACCCUGGUCACCCGCGCGCCACCCUCGUUUUCCAACUCAAGCUCAGUCUGGCCGGGGCGCGGACCUGGCGCUUUUUGCCUCGGAGGAACUCUAAGGUGAAAAAAAGAAAGGUGUGAGACCAACAUAAUAAGACGCUUCUUCACACUCACCUUAAGAUGGAUGCCUUUUGCUUUGCAGCAUCCUUUUGGCUGGCCCUGGUGGGAGGCGUAAUCGCUGACAAGCCCGAGAGAUACAGUGCUAAUCUAAGCAACCUCACAGAGGACUUCACCCCUUUUCCGAGGACAGAGUUCAACUUUCUGGGCACCACCCAUCGACCACCUAAUUUGGCCCUGCCUAGCAAUGGCUCAAUGCACAGCUAUUGCCCACAGCAGACUAAAAUCACGACAGCUUUCAAAUAUAUCAACACUGUGAUAUCCUGUACCAUUUUCAUCGUGGGAAUGGUGGGGAACGCAACUCUGCUAAGAAUCAUUUACCAAAACAAGUGUAUGAGGAAUGGCCCCAACGCGCUCAUAGCCAGCCUGGCCCUUGGAGACCUUAUCUACGUGGUCAUUGAUCUCCCCAUCAAUGUGUUUAAGCUGUUGGCAGGGCGCUGGCCUUUCGACCACAAUGAUUUCGGAGUGUUUCUCUGCAAGCUGUUCCCCUUUUUGCAGAAGUCCUCUGUGGGCAUCACCGUCCUGAAUCUCUGCGCUCUCAGUGUGGACAGGUACCGAGCAGUGGCUUCCUGGAGCCGAGUUCAAGGAAUCGGGAUCCCCUUGAUUACUGCCAUUGAAAUCGUCUCCAUCUGGAUUCUUUCCUUCAUCUUGGCCAUCCCAGAAGCAAUCGGCUUCGUCAUGGUACCCUUCGAAUAUAAGGGCGAGAUGCAUAGGACCUGCAUGCUCAACGCCACGUCCAAGUUCAUGGAGUCCUACCAAUAUGUGAAGGACUGGUGGCUCUUUGGGUUCUACUUCUGCAUGCCCUUGGUGUGCACAGCAAUCUUCUACACGCUCAUGACCUGUGAGAUGCUCAACAGGAGGAACGGCAGCUUGCGGAUUGCCCUCAGCGAACACCUCAAGCAGCGUCGAGAAGUGGCAAAGACCGUGUUCUGCUUGGUUGUCAUCUUCGCCCUGUGCUGGUUCCCUCUUCACUUAAGCCGAAUUUUGAAGAAAACCGUAUAUGAUGAGAUGGAUAAGAACCGGUGUGAACUGCUCAGCUUCUUGCUGCUCAUGGAUUAUAUUGGCAUUAACCUAGCAACCAUGAAUUCUUGCAUAAACCCAAUAGCUCUAUAUUUUGUGAGCAAGAAAUUCAAAAAUUGUUUUCAGUCAUGCCUCUGUUGCUGUUGUCACCAGUCCAAAAGCCUCAUGACCUCGGUCCCCAUGAAUGGAACGAGUAUCCAGUGGAAGAAUCAGGAACAGAACAACCACAACACGGAACGGAGCAGCCACAAGGACAGCAUGAACUAACCCUCCCCAGAAACACCGAGCAGUGUGCCUUCAAGUCCUAGGACAGAAAUGGUCAUGCUGCGCUCCCCAAACCUCCCAAGUCUCUGUUCCUUUUCUAAGUCCAGCCUAAGAAAAACUCUCCUGCCCUCCCAACAGAAUGUGGUGGACCGGCCCCAGCCACAGCCAAUGGGUCUUUCCUGAGUAUUGUAUAUGGUUUGCAUACUACAAAUGUCAUUUCCAACACUUGAAAAUUAGAGAUAAGGGAGAAAGGAGAUAGUUCAAGGAAGCCACAUAUCUGCCAUCUUUGCAUGAACACAGAGUUUGCAAGUUCAUGACCAGCUUCCGUUAAGUUCUAUGGAAUAGCCAAUGGGAACUGUUCAUCCUAAGAUUCUAGAGCAGUGGUUCUCAACCUACCCAAUGUUACAACCCCUUAAUACAGUUCCUCAUUUUCCAGUGACCCACAACCAUAAAAUUAUUUUUGUUACUACUUCAUAACAAUAAUUUUGCUACUGUUAUGAAUUGCUAUAAUUAUCUGAUAUUUCUGAUAGUCUUAGUCUGCCCCUGUGAAAGGGUCAUUGGCAACCCACAAGUUGAGAACUACCGCCUUAGAAAUUAUGUUGAGUUUGAUGGCCCAUGCCUAUAAUCCUAGAAUUGGAGAGGUGAAGGAAGAUGAUCAAGGUUAGCCUUAUCUACAUAGUUCAGAAAAACUAGGGCUACAUAUGCUCACAAAACACAGACAAAAAGUGUUUAAAAGUUAUGACAAGAUUCAUUAUUAUUAUUCUUUUAUAGCCAAACACAUUGUGAGGUUAAAGUGCUCUUUUGGAAAUGUCACUCAGUGUUGGUAUUUUAUAACUGUGUGGUACCCUAGAAAUGAUAGUUUCGUUUUCUUUUUUUUUUUUUUUUGGUUUUUUGAGACAGGGUUUCUCUGUGUAGCCCUGGCUGUUCUGAAACUCACUCUGUAGACCAGGCUGGCCUCGAACUCAGAAAUCUGCCUGCCUCUGCCUCCCAAGUGCUGGGAUUAAAGGCAUGCACCACCACUGCCCAGCCAUCUUCUUUCCAUGUACUUUGAAAAAGAAGAGAAAGAAGAAGAGGAGGAAGGGGAGAGCAUCUGAUGAGGAAUUAGCUUAUAUUUCUACGGUACUCUUUUGUUUGGAAAACAUGAUUUCCAAAGCUGCCACAGAGCACUUACCACGACAGCAGCUUAAUAGCUGCUGCUAGCCAAAGACAUUUUAAGAACUUGUAGUUUCUUUUUAUGUUGUUGUUUGGUUGGAUUUUGCUUGUUUGGUUGGAUUUGUUUUCAAGACAGAGUUUCUUUUUGUAUCCCUGGCCAUCCUGAAACUUGUUUUGUAAAUCAGGCUGGCCUUGAACACACAGAGAUCCUCCUGCUUCUGCCUCCCAAGUGCUGGGAUUAAGGACAUGUGCCAUCACAUCUGGCUUGAGCAUAUUUUUAUGCUAAAUUAAAAAUAAUAAUAAUAUUUGGGCGAGACGGCACAUGCUCCAAGCGUCCCACUCAGCAUCUGGAGGUUGAGGCGGGGACAGUGAGUGAGAGACUGUCUGCACUAAGCAGACCCUGCAUUAAGCAGAGGGACUCGCCUCCAAAUAAUAAUAAUUAAUCAUAGUACUUAGGUCAAAUGGUUCUAUUUUCAUAAGCCCAGUCUUUUUUAAUAUCUUUUUAAUGUGAAACCAUGUCCUGCAGCUUAAAUGUGUCACUGAAGUAUGCCUGAGACUUCCAGCCCCACAUCUGAAGCAGGCCUAGGAAAAACUGCUGGGUGGCCUUGGAAGGCCUGGACGUUUUCUACAAGUUUCACAAUAGUAGCACAUAUAUAAUGCAUGUUUCCUUUGGAGCUCUCAGUUUCUCCUACAGUGAUGACUGGCUACGAGGCUUUCCUGCUCAUUCCUUUUUCCAGACAGGAAACAAUUUCAAAGUAGCCAAAUGAGCUGAUUGUGUCAAGUAAGAUGUAGUUACAUCUGCCAUCUUACCUUUCACUCUUUGUUCCUCCCUGAUUGUGAGACAAACUUAAAUUUUCAUCCUGUCUCCAACUCCUCAGUGGUCACUAUUUCAAAGGGCCCAUGGUAACUCUACUGGGCAUUUUCUCAGAUGUUUACAGACUGUGAGAACGGCAAAUAUCUUUUAUAUUGUGUGUAUAUAAAUAUAUAAAUAAU